AUGUCUCACUUUCAACCUUCACAGGACUCUGUGGCCGAGAAUGGAAAGGUAGGUAAUAUUGAUUCUACUGCGAAAAUCGACGCUGUGGAUACAGUUCAUCACGAUGAGGCUCUCAAAGUGCUAGAAAAUUACACGGGUGAUGCGACCUGGACAGCCGCUGAAGAGAGCAAACUAGUGCGGAGGAUUGACAGAAAGCUACUUCCGCUUCUUUGCCUGACAUACGGGCUCCAGUACUAUGACAAGGCGAUGCUUUCUCAAGCAGCGUUGUUCGGGCUUCGCGACGACCUUGACAUGAUGGAAGGCAGACGUUACUCCUUCUCGGCAUCUAUCUUCUAUCUGGGGUUCAUCGCGGGAGCAUACCCCGCGAUGACUCUUGCACAGCUGUUCCCCAUUGAGCGUGUUGCGUCUCUGAUCACAACUCUCUGGGGCAUCUGCCUGAUACUCACUCCUGUUUGCUCCAACUACCAAGGAUUGUACGCACAGCGAUUCUUUCUCGGAAUGCUGGAGGCAGGUAUCAGUCCUAUGUUUAUGCUCAUCGUGGGCAGUUGGUACAAGAAGGACGAACAGGCCCUCCGCAUGGGCGUCUGGUACUGCUGGACUGGAUACGUCUCCAUUUUCUCCCCCCUGGUGAACUACGGACUAGGCCACAUCCGAGGGACUCUCUCACCCUGGAAAUACAUGUAUCUAUUUUCCGGUGCAAUCACCAUCCUCUGGGGCAUCGCUGUUCUGUUCCUCCUCCCUCCAGACCCCAUUCGAGCGAAAGGAUUUGAUGACCGCCAACGAUUUAUUUCAGUGGCACGUCUUCGGGUCAACAACUCUGGCGUACGCAAUACACACUACAAGAAAGGCCAAGUAGCGGAGUUACUCAUGGACGUUAAGUUCUGGCUCAUGUUCUUCAUCGCCUUUUUGAGCAUGAUAGCAAAUGGACCCAUAUCGGCAUUCACGCCCAUCAUAAUCAACUCGAUGGGGUUCAACACUUUGAAUUCGUUGUUGCUGAUGAUGCCGGCUGGCUUCUACGCUGGUACGUUGCAGCUUUUUGCUCCCUACUUGGCAUAUCGAUAUGCUCGUGUUGGUAUUCGGUCGUGGCUGGUAUCUGUAUGCCAGGUUGUAACUACGCUGGCUGCUUUGUUAUUGUUGUUUUUGCCAUUCUCAGCGACCGGCGGACUGUUGUUCGCAUGCUACAUCCUUCCCUCGGUCGGAGGUGGAUACUCGGUCCUCAUGGGACUGCAAAUCGCUAACAUAGCGGGAUAUACUAAGCGUGUGAUGGCGUCAGCUGGGUUGUAUAUCGGGUACUGUCUUGGGAACUUCGUCGGACCUCUUGUGUUUGAAGAGAAAGACGCCCCUCGCUAUGCCCCUGGGUUCAUUGUGGUCAUUGCGACCUCGAUCAUCGCGGGUCUUUUGGUGCUUGUUUAUCGAUACCUCUGUGUUUGGCAUAAUCGACGGCGCGACAAACAAGGAGCUGAAGGGUUCGGCAACGCCUAUCAGGAUGAUCUGACAGACAUGACGAAUCCGGGGUUUCGUUACAUUGUCUAA